AUGCGACUAUUGAACUUGGGACCUUUCUUUGUGUUUCAUGUACGGAAUGGAAACACACAGGGUGACCACGUGUGGCUCAAUCUGUCCUCUAGCAGGGUGGCCAUUGGAGGCAUCAUCAAAGAAACGAAGCCUGGCAAGAUAUUGAUUGAAGAUGAUGAGGGCAAGGAACACUGGAUCCAAUCGGAGGAUCUUGGCACCCUCAGCCCUAUGCACCCCAACUCUGCCAAGGGUGUGGAUGACAUGAUCCGCCUGGGGGACCUGCAUGAGGCAGGCCUGGUGCACAACCUCCUCAUCCGCUAUAAGGAGCACAAGAUCUAUACAUACACAGGCUCCAUCCUGAUGGCUGUGAACCCGUUCCAGUCUUUGCCCCUCUACACCCUGGAGCAGGUACAGCUCUACUACAACCGCCACAUAGGUGAGCUGCCGCCACACGUCUUUGCCAUCGCUGACAACUGCUAUUUCAACAUGAAGAGGAACAAGAAGGACCAGUGCUGUGUUAUCAGUGGUGAGUCUGGAGCGGGGAAGACAGAGACCACCAAGCUCAUCCUCCAGUUCCUGGCAACUGUCAGUGGCCAGCAUUCCUGGAUUGAACAGCAAGUCCUGGAGGCCAACCCCAUCCUGGAAGCCUUUGGAAAUGCCAAGACCGUUCGAAAUGACAACUCGAGCCGCUUUGGGAAGUACAUCGACAUCUACUUCAAUGCCAGUGGGGUGAUUGAGGGUGCACGGAUAGAGCAAUUUCUUCUGGAGAAGUCCCGGGUCUGCCGGCAGGCCCCUGAUGAGCGCAACUACCACAUCUUCUACAGCAUGCUCAAUGGCAUGAGUCCGGAGGAGAAAAAGCUACUGUCCCUUGGAACACCUUCCGAGUACCACUACCUGACCAUGGGGAAUUGUACCUCCUGUGAGGGACUCAAUGAUGCCAAGGAUUACGCUCACGUCCGCUCGGCCAUGAAGAUCCUCAUGUUCUCUGAUUCUGAGAACUGGGACCUCAGCAAGUUGCUGGCAGCCAUUCUCCACCUGGGAAAUGUGAAAUUUAUGGCUGCUGUCUUUGAAAAUCUGGACUCCUCAGAUGUGAUGGACAUGCCCGCCUUUACCAUUGCGAUGAAGUUACUGGAGGUACAGCACCAGGAUCUGCGGGACUGUCUGGUCAAGCACUCUAUGAUCGUCCGCGGGGAGUUUGUUGUCAAGCCUCUCAACAUCACCCAGGCGGCUGACCGGAGGGAUGCCUUUGUCAAGGGCAUCUAUGGGCACCUCUUCCUGUGGAUUGUCAAGAAGAUCAAUUCUGCAAUUUUCAAGCCACCUGACAAGGACCCCAAAAAUGUACGCAGGGCCAUUGGCCUCCUGGACAUAUUUGGCUUUGAAAAUUUCCAGAAAAAUAGCUUUGAGCAGCUCUGCAUCAACUUUGCCAACGAGCACCUGCAGCAGUUCUUUGUGCAUCACGUGUUUACCAUGGAGCAGGAGGAGUACCGCUCAGAGAACAUCAAGUGGAACUACAUCGAGUACAUUGACAAUCGGCCCACCCUGGAACUGCUCGCGCUCAAGCCCAUGAGCAUCAUUUCCCUCAUGGACGAGGAGAGCCGCUUCCCGCAGGGAACAGAUAUCACCAUGCUGCAAAAACUGAACAAUGUCCACGCCAACCAUAAGGCAUUCCUAAAGCCCAAGAACAUCCAUGAUACCCGUUUUGGCAUUGCUCACUUUGCUGGCAACGUGUACUACGAGACAGAAGGCUUCCUGGAGAAGAACCGAGAUGUGCUGAGUAAAGAUAUCCUCACUUUGGUUUACUCCUCCAAGAACAAAUUCCUGAAGGAAAUAUUUAAUCUGGAGUCAGCGGAGACCAAGCUGGGCAACACGACCAUCUUCAAGGCUAACAGUGGAUCUCAGAUUUUCAAGUCUCCAGAUAGCAGUAAGCAGAGGUCCACCUUGGCCGGCCAGUUCAAGCAGUCCCUGGACCAGCUGAUGAAAAUUCUCAACAAUUGCCAGCCUUAUUUUAUCCGCUGCAUCAAGCCCAAUGAGUACAAGAAGCCUCUGCUCUUCGACCGGGAGCUGUGCCUCCAACAGCUGCGGUACUCGGGCAUGAUGGAGACGGUGCAUAUUCGCAGGUCCGGCUUCCCCAUCCGCUACACGUUCGAGGAGUUCUCAAACCGGUUCCGCGUUCUGCUACCCACUCCUCUGAGCAGGCAGCUACGGGACAGGCAUCGCCAGAUGGCCCAGCGCAUUGCAGAGAUGUGGUUGGGGACCGACAAGGACUGGAAAAUGGGAAAGACCAAAAUUUUCCUGAAGGAUAACCAGGACACUCUGCUGGAGAUUCAUAGGACCCAGGCCCUGGACCGGGCAGCAAUCAGCAUCCAGCGAGUCCUGCGAGGCUACAAAUACAGGCAACAAUUUCUGAAGCAGAGGCAGGCGGCCAGGACCAUCCAGGCCAUGUGGAGAGGCCACAUUUCUAGGAAAAACUUUCAGAUGAUCUUUCUGGGGUUUGAGCGCCUCCAGGCCAUUGCCCGGAGUCACUUGCUCAGAAAGCAGUACCUGGACACACGGAAGAGGAUAAUUCAGCUGCAGGCCCGCUGCAGGGGCUACUUGGUACGCCAGCAAGUCGAGGCCAAGAAGAGGGCAGUGGUGGUCAUCCAGGCACACACCAGGGGCAUGGCUGCCCGGCGGAAGUUCCAGCAGCAGAGAACCAAUGGACCAUUGGGUAUUCCCGCUAAAGCACCGAAGAAGAAAACUGAUCCCCCUUCCAAAAAGCGAGCAUCAAUCUACGACACCAUCAAUGACACAGAAAUGGUGGAGAGAGUAUUUGGCUUCCUCCCUUCUAUGAUGGGGCAGAAUGGCCAGAUCUCACCAGUCUUGGAGGAUUUGGAAGCAAAGAGCCAUAAAUUGCCUGAGAUUGACCUGGACACCGUUCCCAUGGUCGAGGAGACGGAGGAACCUGAUGAUGAGGCAGACAGCCUGUCCCAGUACUCUUUCUCCAAGUUUGCAGCGACCUACUUCCAGAAAUCAGCCACCCACACACACAUUCGGAAGGCUCUCCGCUCCCCUCUGCUCUACCAUGAGGAUGAUGCUGACUGCUCGGCUGCCUUGGCUGUGUGGAGCAUCAUCCUGAGGUUCAUGGGCGACCUUCCGGAGCCAAUGCUCUUUGCCAGGAACACCAUGCGUGGCAGCUCUGUGAUGCGGCAGAUCCACGAUACCCUGAGCAAGGGGAGCAGUACCCGGCCCGAACAGCAUGAUGCUCUUGCCCAGAAGGCUAGCCGCUGGGACAAAGGGACCAAGGGCAUCUCCUCCAUGAAACUGAAGCGGUCCUCCCGGAUCACAGGCCAGGUGACCAGUCAGCUGUCGGUCGGAGAGGAGGCCUUUGACCCAGAUAGACCUAUCUCAGAACGACCCAUGUCUAACCUGGAGAAGGUGCAGUUCAUCGUGAGUUUUGCCAUCCUGCGGCCCAACCUCAGAGAUGAGAUUUACUGCCAGAUCUGCAAGCAACUUACACAGAAUAGCAAAACUAGCAGCUUGGCCCGUGGCUGGAUCCUGCUCAGCCUCUGCCUGGGCUGCUUCCAGCCCUCUCAGCGGUUCAUGAAGUAUUUGCAGAACUUCAUCAGUAAUGGGCCCCCCACCUAUGGGCCCUUCUGUGCUGAGCGCCUGAGACGCACAGUUGCUAAUGGUACGCGCAUGGAGCCCCCCACCUGGCAGGAGCUGCAGGCUGUCAAGACCAAGAAGCACAUCCAGAUCCAUGUGGCCUUGCUGACUGGAGAGAACCUGACGGUCACCGUGGACUCGGCCUCCACGUCGCGGGAAGUCUGCCAGCACAUUGCUCGCAAGCAGGGUCUCACUGACCACCUGGGCUUCUCCCUCCAGGUGUCCGUGUAUGACAAGUUCUGGUUCCUGAGCAGCGGGAGUGACCAUAUUUUGGAUGCCAUUGCCCAGUGUGAGCAGCUGACCCGGGCUAAGGGUGAGAGUGAGCGUCAGUCGCCCUGGCGCAUCUACUACCGGAAGGAGUUCUUCACCCCCUGGCACAAUUCCCGGGAUGACCCCAUCAGCACGAAGCUCAUAUAUUGCCAAGUCCUCCAUGGAGUGCGGUUGGGCGAGUACAGCUUCGAGAAGGAGGAAGAGCUGGUCCAGCUGCUGGCCCAGCACUGCUAUGUGCAGCUCGGUGCCUCGCCGAGGAAGGAGGCCGUGCAGGAGCUGCUGCCCAGCUGCAUCCCCUCCAAACUCUACCGGACCAAGCCCCUGGAGAAGUGGGUCAGCCUCAUCACUGCCGCCCUCGCCAAGGCUUCAUACACCCAGAAGCAGAUUGUGCAGGAGCAGGUGGUGGAUGCUGCGCGCCUGCACUGGCCGAUGCUCUUCUCCAAGCUCUUUGAAGUCACCCCACUUUCCGGCCCCCGGCUGCCCAAGACUCAGUUGAUCUUGGCUAUUAACUGGAAGGGGUUGCAUUUCUUGGAUCAGAAGGAGAAGUUGCUUCUAGAACUCUCUUUCAUAGAGGUCAUGAGUAUGAUCGCCAAUAAGGAGGCCCGGGGUGGGCAGAGACUGCUGAUGUCCACGCUGCACGAGGAGGAGUAUGAGUUCUUGGCCCCUGCCUGUGUGGCCAUUGCAGAGUUGGUGGCCUUGUUCCUAGAGGGCCUGAAGGAGAGGUCCGUGUUCACCAUGGCUCUGCAGGACAGGAGUAACGCAGAUGAUCCCACCCUCCUGCCGUUCAAGAAGGGGGACUUGCUGAUCCUGAACAAGAGGCAGGGGCUCCUGGCCUCUGAGAAGUGGACCCAAGGCCAGAAUGACAGGACGGGCAAGAGCGGGCUGGUGCCCUUGGCCUGCCUCUACGUCAUCCCCACCAUCACCAAGCCCCCGACACAGCAGCUGAGUUUGCUGGCCAUGUCCCCUGAGAAGAGGAAGCUGGCCGCCCAGGAGGUCCCGACCAGAGCAACGCUGUCUGAGGAGAAAGCACACACCCUGGAGGAAUUUUCUUACGAAUAUUUCAGGACCCCGGAGAAGGAGUCGGUCAGCAGAGCCGUGCUCCCCACGGCCCGUGCCCGGGGCCACCUGUGGGCUCACUCUUCUGAGCCGCUGCGGCAGCCUCUGCUCAAGCGUGUGCACGCCAACCCUGAGCUGCGGGACAUGGCCUGUCAGAUCUUCAACGCGAUCCUCAGAUAUAUGGGUGACUACCCCACUCGGCAGAACUGGACCUCCCUGUACCUCACGGACCAGAUCUUCUCCUCAGCCCUCCAGAAUGUGGUCCUGCAGGACGAGGUCUACUGCCAGAUCCUGAAGCAGCUGACGAACAACACCUCAGGGUACAGUGAGGAGCGGGGCUGGCAGCUGCUGUGGCUCUGCACGGGCCUCUUUCCGCCUGGCAAGGCGCUGCUGCCCCAUGUCCAGAAGUUCAUAGACACAAGGAGGAGGAAGCCGCUGGCUCCUGACACCAGUCGCCGGAUCCAGAGGGUCUUGAGGUUAGGGCCGCGGAAGCAGCCCCCACACCAGGUGGAGGUGGAGGCCGUGGAGAAGAACAUCACCCGCAUCUGCCACAAGGUUUUCUUCCCCAAUGACACCAGUGAGAUGCCGGAGGUGAACAGUGGCACGCGGGUCCGGGAAGUGUGUGAGAACAUUGCCAAACGGCUGAAGCUGAGCUCCUGGGAAGGCUGCAGCCUCUUCAUCAAGAUCGCCGACAAGGUCAUCAGCGUGAAUGAGGGAGAGUUCUUCUUCGACGCCUUGCGGAAUAUUUCAGACUGGGUGAAGAAGAACAAACCCCAGAAAGAAGGGGCCUCCGUGGCACUGCCCUACCAGGUGUUCUUCAUGAGGAAAUUGUGGCUCAACGUGACCCCAGGGAAAGACGUGAAUGCAGACACCAUACUCCAUUACCACCAGGAGCUGCCCAAGUACCUGCGCGGCUUUCACAAGUGCUCCCGAGAGGACGUGCUGCAACUGGCAGGCCUCAUCUACCAGGCCCAAUUUGGCAAGGACCGUUCCCACUUAGCUAGUAUCCCCAAGAUCCUGAGAGAGCUCGUGCCGGAAAACCUCACCCGCCUCAUGUCCACAGAAGAAUGGAAGAAGAACAUCCUGCUGGCCUGUGACAAGCACAAGGACAAAACGGUAGAAGAGGCCAAAGUGGCCUUCCUGAAGCUGAUCAGCCGUUGGCACACCUUCGGGUCAGCCUUCUUCGAGGUGAAGCAAACCUCCGAGCCCUCCUACCCGGACAUCAUCCUCAUCGCCAUCAACCGGCACGGAGUGCUGCUGAUCCACCCGAAGACCAAGGACCUGCUCACCACCUACCCCUUCACUAAGAUCGCCAACUGGAGCAGCGGCAGCACCUACUUCCACAUGUCGCUGGGCGGUCUGGGCCGCAGCAGCCGCCUGCUGUGCGAGACCUCCCUGGGCUACAAGAUGGACGACCUACUGACCUCCUACGUGCAGCAGAUCCUGAGUACCAUGAACAAGCAGCGAGGAUCCCGUGCACCAGCCCUGGCCAGUUCCUAGCGCGGGGACCCCCUUGCUUGCUGUCAGCCCUCCCAAUCUGGGGCCCCGCAGACUCCCCAAGGAGAGCCAGGGCCGUCCCUCUGCAGGGAGCUUGCUGUGCCCCUCUCUCCUGAAGGCCCUCACCCCAUCUCCUGGAAUCCUAGG